AUGCGCCUACAUAAUGCAGUUCCAACGCGACAUCUUCCCCCAUCCCUUCCAGAGGGUGAAGGCCCAUGUCCCACACAACAUUUUCUCUCUAGGGACGCGCAACAUCUUCUUACAUACAUAAACCAACCUCCUGACAAACAAUCGCAAAAAAAGGCGACCCACACCCCCAGAAAAAACAACGAAAUGAAAGCUUCUGUACUGGAGCCGCUUUUCUAUCAGUGA